CAGCCUCGUUUCUGUGAACCACGUGACGUCUGUUUACAUCCUCUCAGCUGUUCCUCGACAAAAACAGCGCUGGCUGUUUAACGCCACGAAAAUCUAUAGCACAUAAUCAACAGUGCGCUCAAAAAAACACCAACUCGAAUGUGCAUCCAGUCUGUUUGGCUAGUGCAAAGCCUGAGAUUGAGUCAUGGCUUUAUAAAGUCCUCAGAUCUUGCCGUAGCCGAGAAUGGUCUGAGGUGAUUUGUGUGGGACAGACAUCACGACUGGGCAUCCCUGUGGAGAAUCGCUCCAGCACUUUCAUCUGGAUGUGAGGACCGGUCUAGUUACCCGUCUCUCACCUCCUCUGCAUUUUCUUUUUGUUUCUUUUUCUUUCUCGUUGCCUGUCUGGGGAACAUGGGGGGAGCUGUCAGUGCUGGCGAGGAUAAUGACGAUUUGAUAGACAACCUGAAGGAAGCCCAGUACAUCCGCACAGACCGCGUCGAGCAGGCCUUCAGGGCCAUAGACCGUGGAGAUUACUACCUGGAGGGCUACAGAGACAAUGCAUACAAAGACCUGGCGUGGAAGCAUGGGAAUAUACACCUCUCAGCGCCGUGCAUCUACUCCGAGGUGAUGGAAGCCCUGAAACUCCAGCAGGGUUUGUCUUUCCUUAACCUCGGCAGUGGCACAGGAUACCUGAGCACGAUGGUGGGCCUGAUCAUAGGUCCGUUUGGAGUAAAUCAUGGCGUUGAGCUCCAUAAGGAUGUUGUGGAGUAUGCGAAAGAAAGACUCGAUGACUUCAUUAAAAACAGCGACAGCUUUGACAGGUUUGAGUUCUGCGAACCACACUUUGUCGUGGGGAACUGUCUGGAGAUUUCUUCCGACAGUCACCAGUACGACCGCAUAUACUGCGGAGCUGGAGUUCAGAAGGACCACGAGAACUAUAUGAAAAUCCUGCUGAAAGUCGGUGGAAUUUUGGUCAUGCCAAUAGAGGAUCAGCUGACUCAGAUAACUAGAACUGGUCAGAGCUCCUGGGAGAGUAAGAAUAUCCUGGCGGUGUCAUUUGCUCCUCUUGUUCAGCAGAACAGGACAGAAGGCUGCAAGACUGAAGCUGUGGUACUCCCGGCUCUGAGCGUGAGGAAUCUUCAGGACCUGGCUCGAAUCUACAUCCGCCGAACCCUCCGCAACCUGACCAACGACGAGAACCCCGGCCGCAACAACACGCAAAGAGCGCCCCAGAAGCGCAAGCGCAGGCGCUGCCGUCGCCGUCGCCGCAUCAACACCUACGUGUUCGUCGGGAACCAGCUGAUUCCUCAACCCAUGGACAGCGAGGAGGAAGAAUGCAUCGAGGAGGAGAGCAAAGAAGAGGAGCAGGAGAAAGACAUUGAGCCCAUCAAACCCGAGGAACCGCAGGUCAACCAUCUGAGAGACAAAAUCCUGAGUCUGCCGCUGCCCGAGUCGCUGAAGUCCUACCUGCUGUACUACCGUGAGAAAUAACGUCCAGUCACGCAUUCAUCCACGGUGGUGGUUUCCUUCUCAGGCUGCUUCUCACCCUGAGGUUCAUAGUUGUUGUUUUUUUGAUAAUGUAGCAUAAUUUAAACAUUUAAAUGGGGUUGGGUUGCGUUUCCAAGAGACUUGAUUUGAAUGUGCUUGCUGUGUUUGUUCUAAUGACUCAUAACGUUGUAAUAUUCACAUUUUGAAUGUGAUUUUUCACUCCAGAGGAACUGAGGGAGACUGAGGUUUAGAAGCUUCUAGCUCACCUUGUUUGUAUUCAGAAGAGUUUGCUAAAUGUAACGGAAGAAUUGCUGAAGCUAUUUUUCAAAGGCUUGCAAUGUAAGACCAGUAAUGACAGUUUUCUUUCUUUUUUUAAUUGUAGAGAAAAUGAAAAACU